AAGUAUUUAUCAUUAGGGUCCUUGUUCUGGUCCUGAGCAUGGCGGGGUUCGCUGAGCUCGGGCUGUCGUCAUGGCUCGUGGAACAGUGUCGGCAGCUGGGGUUGAAGCAGCCCACUCCGGUGCAGCUCGGUUGCAUCCCGGCCAUCCUGGAGGGUCGGGACUGCUUGGGCUGUGCAAAAACAGGAAGUGGCAAGACAGCAGCCUUUGUACUUCCCAUCCUGCAGAAACUGUCUGAGGACCCUUAUGGCAUCUUCUGCUUGGUCCUGACACCCACCAGGGAGCUGGCCUACCAGAUCGCGGAGCAGUUCCGGGUGCUGGGGAAGCCCCUGGGCCUGAAGGACUGCAUUAUUGUCGGCGGCAUGGACAUGGUGGCACAGGCACUGGAGCUGUCCCGGAAGCCUCACGUGGUUAUCGCCACCCCUGGGCGCCUGGCCGACCACCUGCGCAGCUCCAACACUUUCAACAUGAAGAAAAUUCGAUUUCUGGUGAUGGAUGAAGCUGAUCGGCUGCUGGAGCAGGGUUGCACUGACUUCACUGCGGACCUAGAGACCAUCCUGGCAGCCGUUCCAACACACAGGCAGACGCUGCUCUUCAGUGCCACACUGACUGACACGCUCAAGGAGCUUCAGGGCCUAGCCACCAACCAGCCCUUCUUCUGGGAGGCGCAGGCCCCCGUUCGCACAGUGGAGCAGCUUGACCAGCGCUACCUGCUGGUGCCGGAGAAGGUGAAGGACGCCUACCUGGUUCACCUGGUCCAGACCUUCCAAGACCAGGUGGAGGACUGCUCCAUCAUCAUCUUCACCAACACCUGCAAGACCUGCCAAAUCCUGUGCAUGAUGCUUCGAAAGUUCAGCUUCCCCGCAGUGGCGCUACACUCCAUGAUGAAGCAGAAAGAACGCUUUGCAGCCUUGGCCAAGUUCAAGUCCAGCAUCUACCGGAUUCUUAUCGCCACUGACGUGGCUUCGAGGGGCCUGGACAUCCCCACCGUGCAGGUAGUCAUCAACCACAACACCCCUGGGCUCCCCAAGAUCUACAUCCACCGAGUUGGUCGCACAGCCCGUGCAGGGAGGCAGGGACAGGCCAUCACGCUGGUGACGCAGUACGACAUCCACCUGUUGCAUGCCAUUGAGGAGCAGAUCAAGAAGCAGCUAGAGGAGCUGGCAGUGGAGGAAGCCGAGGUCCUGCAGAUCCUCACUCAGGUCAACGUGGUGCGCCGGGAGUGCGAGAUCAAACUAGAGGCGACUCAUUUCGAUGAAAAGAAGGAGAUCAACAAGCGGAAGCAGCUUAUUCUGGAGGGAAAGGACCCGGACCUGGAGGCCAAGCGCAAGGCGGAGCUGGCCAAGAUUAAGCAGCAGAACCGUCGCUUCAAGGAGAAGGUGGAGCAGACACUUCGACAGAAGAAAGCUGGCCGAGGGGCUCGGCCCCCAGCAUCGGCCAAGGCCCAGGCGUGAGCUGAGAACCUGCGGCCGCAGGUACCCCGGGUGGGCCACAGAGGGCCUCAGUAAACGCUCUUUAAACCUGGCAGUCCGACUUGAGAAGGAAGAGGGAUGGGUCUGCAGAACUUAGGUCCCCAAAGCCUGUUACUCAUAUGGAUGACCACUGUGGCCUUCCCUCGCAGUGUCCCUGGGAUGCUGGGCGGCGGCAGCCAGCCGCAGCAGGUGCCAGCAACGUCACGCACUUGUACAGCCACUUAAGAAAUGUAAUCCCGGCAUAGCGCCGCUCAAGGGUUCUAGAAAACUACACAGUGCAAAGCUCAGGACAGCCGGGGUCCCCUGGGCCCUGCCAGGGCACCUUGGGAGCACAGACCCUCCCAGGCUGACUAGGGCGCCGCCUCUGCCAGGCGUGCCAGGCCCUCUCGCAGCUCGCUCAGCUCAAACAGCCGCACGUCCAGGAGCUGCGCGGCCCGGCCCACCUCCACCCUUGCGCGUUCCCGCUCGGCCCGAGCCUCCUCCAGGCUGCACUCCAUCGCCCGCAGCUGCUGCUCCAGCUCCGUGUUCCGGGUCUCCAGGUCCUGCAGUGGGAGGAAGGGGUGACAGGGCAAUCUGAGAAGCUCUGGUUGCCAGUCCUGCUGGAUUUGGGAGGUGGCGAGUCUGUCAAGUGCCAUGAAAGCGUGAGGCACAGAUACGGAGCUUGGAAUCCAACAUUCCACAUAAAAAGCUGAGCUGGGGUGCUGGAGAGAUGACUAAGAGCAUUGCUUGCUCUUCCAGAGGGCCCGAGGUCAAUUCCCAGCAACCACAUGGUGGCUCAUAAUAAUCUAUAGUGAAAUCUGGUGCCCUCUUCUGGCCUUCAGGUGUACAUGCAAGCAGAACACUAUAUGUAAUAAAAUAGGUCUUUAAAAAAAAAAAAAA